AUGGCACUCGCGCAGCAGGAUGAACUACAUGACUACUUUCACUACACUUCCGGAAGAUGGCUUUGGGGAGAGCAGGAACAAUUGCGCGAACGCUAUCGCGCAUUCAAUAUUGCCGAACUUCAGAAGGUUGCCGUGGAUAUCGCAGGGUCCCAGAAGUGCGUCUCUAUGAACAAGAUAGGCGAAGGAAAUUUCAACAAAGUCUUCCGGCUCCAGAUGGACGAUGGAUCGGUCCUGAUGGCUCGCAUCCCUCAUCCUAACUCAGGCCCUCCAAAGUACACGACCGCUUCAGAAGUUGCUACAAUGGACUUUGCACAUUCGAUUCUUGACAUACCUGUACCUAAGGUUCUGGCUUACUGUGCUACCGCCGAUAAUCCAGUUGAAUCGGAAUAUAUCAUCAUGGAGGAAGCCCGAGGCACUCAACUAUCGGAGGUUUGGGAUACAAUGGAUCUGAAAGAUCAAUUGGCAAUUGUAACCGAGCUUGUCACCAUUGACCAGAAGUUUCUCUCCACACCAUUAAACAGACAUGGUGCGCUCUACUAUAAGAAGGACAGCUUUCCUGGGUGUGAGACCGCACAAGUCACCGCUAGCGUUAUGGAAAGCUUAAGGACAGACGUAGCAAAAAGGUUCGUCAUUGGUCCCACAGUCGAGAGGGAGUUCUGGGAGAAUCAGAGGGCAAACAUGGCUAUUGAUCGCGGACCAUGUAUGGAAUUAACAUUCACCGAAGGGACUAGUGCGCGCGAAUACGUGGAAGCGAUCGGACACCGCGAGAUCGCUUGGCUACGUCGCUAUGCUGAAGCUUUACCGCCAACCAUGGAGCGAUGGGGCGCCUCCAAGGGCCAGAGCUGCCCGCAAGCCCAUAUUGACCUGCUUGAAAAGUAUCUCAGUGUUAUUGCUCAAUUACUUCCAGAACAACCUGAACUACUCACACCAAUGCUAUGGCAUCGCGACCUUCACACUAGUAACCUGUUCAUUCAUGAGGGGAAAAUUUCCAGCGUUAUUGACUGGCAGUCUUGCUGGGUGGGGCCUCUCAUUCUCCGAGCAAGAGCACCACGGCUUCUCGACUACAACGGCGAAAUCAUGCUGAAACUACCACCGGCCUAUGAAGAGAUGCCGGAAGAUGAGCGACGUCUAGUGGAGUGUCAAGUGCAGCAGUCCAUCCAGGUUUAUAGUUACGAACAUAAAACUGCCGGCCGAAACCCCCUCUUGGAUAGGGUGCUAAGAUAUCCCCAAGGGAAAAUCUUAAGCAAUGUUGUGGAUUUUGCCUCCACUUCUUGGAACGGAGACAUCCUGCCUCUUCGUGACUCCUUGAUUCGAAUUGAGAGGUAUGAAACCCGGCCUGCACUUUGCUAG